AUGGAGACAAUAAUUUUUGAAGAUUGUAGCAGGGAAGAGUCGGUUGAAGAAGUGGAAAAUUAUUAUAAAGAAAGGGGAAAAACAGCCAAAACGAAGACAGGAAAUGAAGUAGAAACCAGCCAGUCUAAAAAACGUUGCAGGCCCAUGGGAUCAAAAAACAAGAAAAAGAAAAAUCAAAGGGAUCCUGCUCCUUCUGGAGAAGUCUUGUCAACAGAAAAUGACAGUGAAAACAAUGAGGUCGUUGAUACUGUUGAGCAUGGUGAAGAAGGUGAUGGAAAUGAACUUAAGUCACAAAACAUUGGAGGACACGCAAAGUUAGUCGUUGAGGCUAUGAUACACAGACCACCUUCUCCAGAAAUAGCUGAAGAUUUAUAUAUGCUUGACAUAGGUGAUAAUCUAUCUGUGCUUCAAGAACAAGAGGUUGAGCCACCAGUCAUAACAAUCCGAGGAGAUUUUACAAUUGGAGAGUCGGAAGAACAAAUAUUAUGGGAAGAUAAGGAUUUGCCAAUUGUAGAAGAAUAUGUUGUAGAACCUAGCGGUGACUUAACAGCCUCUACGUCACACAAGAGUGGACUAACCCGCAAGGAAGAUAACACCGAAAAAAAUGAUUCUGUUAGAGAUUUGGUGAAAGAUGCUUAUUGUAUAUUUAGUAAUGAGGGGAGCAGGUUUCUAGGACAAAUACGAAAAGUAAAUUUGUCAACCGCGACUGUCAUGGUUUCAGCUUUCCAAAAAUCCUUUUUAGGAGGUUGGAAGUGGCCUUCAAAAGCCGAGAUAUUAAAAGUAAAGGUAUCGGUAAGUAUCGUAAAAGAACAUCAAAUCUCCAAGAAAGGUGGUAUAACAUACAUAGAAGAUGAAAUUUUAUUCAUGGAGUGGGGAGAGUAA